GCUCUUCCCUGAGGUGAGGUGCUGCAGCCACAUCUCCUCCUCUGGCUGAGCCGCCUGCACCCUGGCCGAACCCCCUCCUCCUCUGGCUGCCAGAGCGUCGCCUCGGCCCUCCUGCACUCUUAUUUCCCGGCUCCGACCACGAACUCCCUCCUCGGCGCCGAGCUCGCCCGCCACGGUGCGCCAACGAGCAGAGGGAAUUCGGCGAUGCAAGGAUACAAUGGCAACGUCGGAGGAAAGGAAGAAGUCGCGAGAAGAAGUCGUGAGAGGAAAGAAGAGGAAAGGAAGAAGUCCCGGCAAGCGGCUCAGAACCAAAGUGACUGAAACAGACAAGAAUUUCAGGUACCCGAUGCAUAGGUGCUCCCAUCUCCUAUACCUUGUUCGUCCAUAUAUGAACAUGCACGCUCCCUGCUUGCCUACGCUUCCAUUCCACGCAUCCCAUCUGCACUGAAACUUUACAGCUAGUGCACAACUUCACAUCAUCAAGAAGCACGUAACCUGGCCAUGUACAUACGUGAAAACUAACGUUACUGCUCCAGAGUCCAGACAUAAUCUGACUCGCCUUGCAUGAGCUCGGUUUGGAACGACCUUCACCGGCGCCAAGCUACCAACUAACAACCUUUGGCACCAGUGGAGUUUGGUUGGAACCAGCUGCUGCUUCCAACCUUGAUGGUUGUUUCGUGCUCCGCUCCUACACGGGAAAUGGCUAUAUAAUGAGCAGAUCAGAUCGCUGGCUAGCUCCAUCAGACCAUCACCUUAACGCACCAACCAUGGCCAUGCAGCAACUCGUGUACUGGUUCUGCGCCUUCCUGGCCCUCCUCCUCCUCCUCAAGCUUCUUAGGAAGCGUGGCGCCACGACGACGGCGCCGGCGCUGAAGCUGCCGCCAAGCCCGUCGUCGCUGCCCUUCAUCCACAACCUGCACCACCUCCUCCGCAGCCCGAUCGCGCACCGUGCCGUGGCCGACAUCGCGCGCGAGCUGGACGCGCCGCUCAUGUACCUCCAGCUCGGGGAGCUCCCGGCCGUGUUCGUCUCGUCCGCGGACGCCGCCCGCGAGAUCAUGAAGGUGCACGACAUGAAGUUCGCCUGGCGGCCGUAUCCACCCACCAUACAGAAGCUGCGCCCCAUGGGGAAGGGGAUCUUCUUCGCGCCGUACGGCGCCCUGUGGCGGCAGCUCCGCAAGAUCUCCAUCGUGAAGCUGCUCAGCGUCCGGCGCGUCCACUCGUUCCACCGCGUGCGGGAGGAGGAGGCCGGCCGCCUCGUAGCCGCCAUCGCCGCCACGCCGCCGGGAGAAACCGUCAACCUCUGCGAGCAGAUCUUUUGGGUCAUCGCGGACUCGACGAUGCGCACCAUGAUCGGCGAGAGGUUCGAGAGGAGGGACGAGUUCCUGGUGGUGUUGGCGGACAUCGUCAAGAUCGCAUCGGGUUUCACCAUGGCCGAAUGGUUCCCGUCAUCGUGGCUCGUGCGCGCCUUCGGUGGCACGAGGCGGCGCGGCCACAGGGGCUACCUCACGACCUACGAGCUGGUGGAGAACGCCUACCGGCAGCGACAGAAGCGAAAGGAGGCCAUGGCUGCACCGUCGACCAGGAACGCCGUGACGGGAGAGGAGGAGGACCUGAUGGACGAGCUCGUGAGGAUACACGAGGAAGGUGACCUCGAGGUGCCUCUCACCAUCGGCAACAUCAAGGCUGUCACGAUAGAUCUCUUUGGCGCCGGGACGGAGACAUCAUCAGAUGCACUCCAAUGGGCGAUGUCAGAGCUGAUGAGGAACCCGAGAGUGAUGCAGAAAGCACAGGCCGAGCUGCGCGACAAACUCGGCGGGAAGCCUACCGUGACCGAGGCCGACCUGGCCGACAUGACCUACCUGAAGCUCGUCGUCAAGGAGACCCUGAGGCUGCACCCGGCGCUGCCAUUGCUCGUCCCAAGGGAGUGCAACGAGACGUGCAAGAUCAUGGGGUACGACGUGCCCAAAGGCUUCGUCGUGUUCGUGAAUGCAUGGGCGAUCGGCAGGGACCCCAAGUUCUGGGACGACCCGGAGGAGUUCAAACCGGAGCGGUUCGAGAACUCCAAGGUCGACCUCAAGGGGACGGAUUUCGAGUUCAUACCGUUUGGGGCUGGGCGCAGGCUCUGCCCUGGCUUGGCGUUCGGACUGGCCAGCAUUGAGAUCGUGCUGGCCGUGCUGCUCUACCACUUCGACUGGGAGCUCCCGGACGGGGUGGCCCCGAGCGAGCUGGACAUGACUGAGGAGAUGGGCAUCACCAUCCGAAGGAAGAAUGAUCUGUACCUGCGUCCAACUGUUCGUAUAAAGGUGUAGGUUCUUUUUUCGAAAAGGAGGGUUUACUCCGAUCUCGGCCUCUUGCAUAAUAAACAUGUGCCGCAUAGUUGCCUUGCACCGUCAAUGGUGACGGGUUUGCCCGUUGUACUACCUGUUUAUCAUGACUUGAAUAAAAUAAGCAUGAGGUUUGUUCCA